AUGGAGGUAACAACUUCACAAGGAUACAACGUUGAUAGAAUGGAGCCAGACGGUGGGUGGAAUACGUCGAUAUUGAACGUCACUCAGGACAACUAUUCGGAUUACUAUUAUUCGGACAGUGAGUAUAUGGAUUAUCCUGAAUACAGAGCUGCAAAUUCUAUCAAUGAAUAUUAUCUGUACGUCAUCUGCGGUAUCGGGAUACCUGGAAAUAUCGCGUGUUUGGUGACAUUGACGUUGAUGCGGCCGUUUACGUCUUCAGACGUUUACAUGAUGACGCUCGCCGUAGCGGACAUGCUAGCUCUUAUAAUCAAAAUGUUGUUCUUAAAACUAACGGAGUAUAACGUGCAGCUACAUAACGCUGGCUGUCAGGUGAUAUUUUUAUUGGGAACUACAACGCAGACGUACGCCAAUUGGGUGCUUGUGUUGCUUACGUUCGAACGCUUCGUCGCCGUCUGGUUUCCGUUACGUGUCAAGAACGUUUGCCGGAAACGAAACAGUGUUUGUGUUCUGUUUGUACUGCUUGUGUUCUUUAUAGGCGCCCAUCUUCACUUCCUGUUCACAUUUGAGGAAGCAAGCCACCACCUCCAAACAUGGAUGUGUCAACCGAAAGUUCGAUACGUACGUUUUAUAACUAACGUCUGGUAUUGGAUUGACGGCGCUUUAUAUGCGCUCUUGCCUACACUCUUCAUUUUCAUCUUCAACGGACUUAUUAUCUCAACUGUAUGGCGGUCCUCGCGCGCUCAAAGAUAUCUCACGAACGGUGCGCGAGGUAGACCGGAAAUGGAGGCGGCCAGCCAGCAGCGACAAAUAACAGCCAUGUUACUCGUGGCGUCCGUCGUGUUUGUUAUCCUAAUUCUGCCAAACUGUGUUUUCUUUAUUGUUAAGGACCACGUGGCUUGGCGAGCGACGCCCAAGGGCACAGCACAGUACCAUCUCGUGCAGCAAAUCGUGUUUGUUCUUUCGGACCUAAGUCACGCAGUUAAUUUCUACUUGUACUGCGUCAGUGGACGAAAAUUUCGUCAAAAGUUUUUAUAUCUGAUUUGUUCGUGCCGUCAUGGAAAAUUGACACGUGGUCGACAGAGAACGAUAUCACGUGAUGUCAGUCGCGUACCUGACGUAUGUGCUUCUACCGGAAGUACAAGCCUCUCCAUAUUUACGAUAUCGCCAAAACCGUCGCCGCUACAUUGUUCUAGACAGCCAGAAUGA